GGCAAACAAGAUUCAAACUAGCUUUCACAUUAUGAAUCUCAGGCCUCAUAUAAUUUUGCUGUGUCUAUGGUCAGGUACAGUCAUUGCAAGCCCAACGCAAUCAGGUUACAAAUUAAGACUAGAGUCAGGAAAAGAAAACUAUGGAUUCGUUAAAAUGUCACAAAGCGGUUUAAUUCGCGAUGCUUAUUAUUCCGUCUGUCCGAGCCGAAAUCAGAAAUAUACAGAUUUACUAGGCAGAAUUAUUUGUCUGGAACUUGGAUAUUUGGAUGGAGAGAGUUUUGACAUGAAGGCUGAAAGUUCUAGUUUUCAAUUUUGGCACACCAAAUUUGAUGUCUUUACCGAUUACGAACAAAAAACAGUGAUGCCAAAUAUCACUGCUUAUGGUAACAGAAACUGGACAUUUGUAGAUGCAAUUGGAGAUUUUUCUUACUGCAAAUCGUCUGCUAUUGCUGUGUUUUGUCAUGGAGAAGUUAGUGUAAACAGAAUAGAUUCAGAUCUCAGUUUUAUUUUACAUAAGUUUAAACAGAAUAGAUACAGAUCUAAGUUUUAUUUUACAGUUAGUUUAAACAGAAUAGAUUCAGAUCUCAGUUUUAUUUUACAUAAGUUUAAACAGAAUAGAUACAGAUUGAAGUUUUAUUUAACAGUUAGAUUAUACAGAAUAGAUUCAGAUUUAAGUUUUAUUUUACAGUUAAUUUAUACAGAAUAG